GCCGCUGGGCUGAGGAGCCGGAGACGCGGGUGGACGAGGUGGCGGCGGCGGCGGAGCGGGAGCGGGGCCCGGGCGCGGGGAGAGCGCGGCGGCGCGGGUGUAUUCUGGAGAACAGGUCUUCAAACAUCCUUACGGUAUUUACUCUGAGCUGUCAGGGGACUCAGGCUUAUGAGGAGGUACUGCCACACAAAACAGUGUCUAGUGAAGACAACAAGAAAGAGGGGAAAGGAUCGGAAAAAGAAACUAAAACACCAUAGAAAACCAUGAGAUCUAUUAGAUCUUUUGCCAAUGAUGAUCGCCAUGUUAUGGUGAAACAUUCAACAAUCUAUCCAUCUCCGGAGGAACUUGAAGCUGUUCAGAAUAUGGUGUCUACUGUUGAAUGUGCUCUUAAACAUGUCUCAGAUUGGCUGGAUGAAACAAAUAAAGGCACAAAAACAGAGGGCGAGACAGAAGUGAAGGAUGAGGCCGUAGACACUUAUUCCAAGGAUCAAGGUGGUCGGACAUUGUGUGGUGUAAUGAGGAUUGGCCUGGUUGCAAAAGGCUUGCUGAUUAAAGAUGAUAUGGACUUGGAGCUGGUUUUAAUGUGCAAAGACAAACCCACAGAGACCCUGUUAAAUACAGUCAAAGAUAAUCUUCCUAUUCAGAUUCAGAAACUCACAGAAGAGAAAUAUCAAGUGGAACAGUGUGUAGAUGAGGCAUCUAUUAUAAUUCGGAAUACAAAAGAACCCACGCUAACUUUGAAGGUGAUACUUACUUCCCCUCUAAUUAGGGACGAAUUGGAGAAGAAGGAUGGAGAAAAGGUUGCGAUGAAAGAUCCUCCGGACUUACUGGACAGGCAGAAAUGCCUGAACGCCUUGGCGUCUCUUCGACAUGCCAAGUGGUUUCAGGCAAGGGCAAAUGGAUUAAAAUCCUGUGUAAUUGUCCUCCGCAUCCUGCGUGAUUUGUGCAACAGAGUCCCCACAUGGGCACCAUUAAAAGGAUGGCCACUAGAGCUUAUAUGUGAAAAGUCUAUAGGUACUUGUAAUAGACCUUUGGGCGCUGGGGAGGCCUUGAGACGAGUAAUGGAGUGUUUGGCAUCUGGAAUACUACUUCCUGGGGGUCCUGGUCUUCAUGAUCCUUGUGAGCGAGACCCUACAGAUGCUCUGAGCUAUAUGACCAUCCAGCAAAAGGAAGAUAUUACCCACAGUGCACAGCAUGCACUCAGACUGUCAGCCUUUGGCCAGAUUUAUAAAGUGCUAGAGAUGGACCCCCUUCCAUCUAGUAAGCCUUUUCAGAAAUAUUCGUGGUCAGUUACUGAUAAAGAAGGUGCUGGGUCUUCAGCUCUGAAGAGGCCAUUUGAAGAUGGAUUAGGGGAUGAUAAAGAUCCCAAUAAGAAGAUGAAGCGAAACUUAAGGAAAAUUCUGGAUAGUAAAGCAAUAGACCUUAUGAAUGCGCUAAUGAGGCUAAAUCAGAUCAGGCCUGGGCUUCAGUAUAAGCUCUUAUCUCAGUCUGGCCCUGUCCACGCCCCAGUCUUCACAAUGUCUGUAGAUGUGGAUGGUACAACAUAUGAAGCCUCAGGACCAUCCAAGAAAACAGCAAAACUUCAUGUAGCAGUGAAGGUAUUGCAGGCAAUGGGAUAUCCAACAGGCUUUGAUGCAGAUAUUGAAUGUAUGAGUUCUGAUGAAAAAUCAGAUAAUGAAGGCAAAAAUGAACCAGUGUCUUCAAACUCAAGCAAUAAUACUGGAAAUUCUACAACUGAAACCUCCAGUACCUUAGAGGUAAGAACUCAGGGCCCUAUCCUCACAGCAAGUGGCAAAAAUCCUGUAAUGGAGCUCAAUGAAAAAAGAAGAGGUCUUAAGUAUGAACUCAUCUCCGAGACUGGUGGAAGCCAUGACAAGCGCUUUGUAAUGGAGGUAGAAGUAGAUGGACAGAAGUUCAGAGGUGCAGGUCCAAAUAAGAAAGUGGCAAAGGCAAGUGCAGCUUUAGCUGCCCUGGAGAAGCUGUUUUCUGGACCCAAUGCAGCAAAUAAUAAGAAAAAGAAGAUUAUCCCUCAGGCAAAGGGUGUUGUGAAUACAGCCGUGUCUGCAGCAGUCCAAGCUGUUCGAGGCAGAGGAAGAGGGACUCUAACAAGGGGAGCUUUUGUUGGGGCCACAGCUGCUCCUGGCUACAUAGCUCCAGGCUAUGGAACACCAUAUGGUUACAGCACAGCUGCCCCUGCCUAUGGUUAAUACUUUUAAGCAGUUUUCAGCACGUUUAUCUCACUUUAUUCUCGUUCUCCUCGGACCUUCGUAGCCAUAUCACUUGUAUAAAAUAGGCUGAGAUAUAGUGACUGUAAGCUGUGGUCUCAGUAUACAAAGGUAAGCUCUUUUAUUUUCUGAUUAAAGAGAAAAAUAAUUAAAAAUCAAUGAACAUAACAUGCAUAUAUGACAAUCAUAUAUGAUGUAUUUGAUCUCUUAGGUCUUAUGUCAUCAGAUUACCUUCAAAAUUUUUAUGAUCUAAAUGUAAAAUAAUUAUUUUCAGCAUUUGUUUUAAUACCCUUGUAAUUACUUUCCAUUCAAGAGAGACAUUUCACUUUUGCUGAGUUGUGUGUGUAUGUGUGUAGAAACUUAUAACAAAUAUGUGAAUUACACACACGUACUUGUUUAAAUAAAAGAAUUCAGUGGUGGGAAGAGUUCACCUAAGAAGAUUUUAAUGUCAGGGCACUCUUUUGGCCAAAGUACUGGAAUUUCAUAAGCUGCAAGAUUGGUAACGGUACUGGCAGGAUCCAUUUAUACAUAGCUGUUACGCAAGCUGAGGAUCAAAGUGCUAAUUUCUCAAGAAGAGAAACUUCUCUGAGAAAUGAAAAUCUCUGAUCUGUGUUGUAUGCCCUAAUACAACAGCAGCAAGAAGCCAUAAAAAAAAAAAGCAAUAGAAAAUGAAAAAAAAUAUUAAGGUAACUAUGGAAAAAUAUACAGUUGACUGAGUUGAGGUAACUAUUUGCAGAAUCAGCUUUGGCAAGACUCAGAAUGGUAAAUACCCAGUCUGCAGAGACCAAAUAGACUUAAGGCAAUUCAUCUGUCUUUUCUAGGUUAGGUAUCUAGAUGAUUUAUUUCCCACCUUAUUCAACCAUCAUGGAGUUCAUUUAGAAGAUGUGAGGGUUAGGCCAAAUAUUUUAGUAAGGAUUUGCUUUGUUUAGUGUAUCCCAUAAAUGCAUUUCAUAUGUGUUAGAUGUUCUAUGCUAAGGCUGUAUUUUAUAUAUAUAUAGAUUAAAAUGAAUUUUUAUGUUUUAUAUUUGUCUCUAAGUAGCAGUUUUCUUUUUAUUACUAACUGUGAAGGUUGCUGGAACAAUUUUUUUCCCAUACAGAAUCUGUAUGUAUGUUGAAUGUGGCUUUGGCAUCUGUAAAAGGUUGUAUGAGGUCUAGCUGACUCGUACCAAGUACAUUUCAGUGCUGAUCAAACAGCCGAGUGCCUGUGAUGUGUCAGGUCCUUCUCUGGGUACUAGCGAAACAGAGGCUCUGCCUAGUGGAAGCAUUUUAAGUUUGAGAGUCUCCUAGUUGUUGGAAUUGGGCCUAUUAUAAAUAUCCUAGGUUGGGAGACAAAUAAUGCAUUAGCAAUGUGAAAAAAUAAUUAGUUAAUAGUUUAUUUAUAAAUUAUUUAAUAAUAUGGGCCCUCUGACAUCACUGAAAUGGGCAUCAUUUAGAAAUUCACUCAUUUUAAAUAUUUCCCUGGCAGUUUUGACAGCCUGAAACCAACUCUGGUUUGUUCGUGGAGCUCUAUCCAAGUAAGUGAACGGAAUGAAAUGAGUAACAAAUACCCCGGUCCUUUUUAAGCAGUUUUUAUAGGAUAGCAAAGAGCAAAGUGGUUAAUUUAUUUAAACACUGACCACGUUUUUUUGAUGAGAAAUGAGGGGAACUGUAGCCUUAUAACAAUCAUUCAUUAUAACUUCGCUGUUUCUUAGAUUUCAUUAGUAACAGCAGUGGAGGUAAAUCUUCAGUAGUGAGUUAGGGGAAUGAUCUAAGGAGACCCUCCCACCCCAGCAAUUAGAUUUCUAGCAAUCUAGAGCACUAAAAACCAGGGGCAUUAAGAGCAGUUAAAGCUGAAAACCACCUGCUCUGUGAAUGGUCUUCCUAUAUCUCCCAUUCAGCACAAGCCAGUGCCUCCUUGGUGGUGGUGGGCUGGGGCUGGAGGUCUCUGUGAAGUUAUCCAGAACAAGAAAGGUUCUGUUGUAUUCACACUCGUAUGCUGUAACCAUCUGUUACCGUGCCAUCCAGUGACCAUAGACUUCUCAGUGUUACCAGGAGACCUGGAAGGGAGAUGGGUGGUAAAUGAAUAACAACCGCAGAGCCAGGAAACUACCUACUGCUGAGGUGAGUUUCAAUAUUGACGUGUUUCUCUCUAGCAGUUAUUUACAGAGCACAGAGCUAGUACUUACAUAAGGAUGAGUUCCUUCCUUUCCUAAUAGCAUCUUCCAGAAAAACUGUUUUAAGUCAAGAAUUCAGGUAGAGUUAGUUGUAAGAAUAGAUAUCCUUUCCCACAUUAUCAUUUUAGGUAGGAGCUAACAGCUUCCAUUGAUGCUUGAAGCAGUGAUCUUCGGAGAUUUUUAAAAAUAGCACCAUAAUGCAAAUUAGGUUAUGUAAGCUUUACAGCACAGCUAGAAGUAGGGAAUAGAAACCAUGUGGGAAUUUGGUAUUUCUUUCCCUCCAGCAGACUCCUGUGGAGCUUAGGAAUUAGAUGAGUUAAUACACUUAAAUUGCUUUGAAUAGUACCUGGUGUAUAGUAAGUACCCAGUACAUGUUGGCUGUUCUUGCCGUGGUUGGCUGAAGCAACAGAAAGUAUGUGAAGGAGGCAAGGCUGUGCUGGCAGGUAGGUGAGAAGCAGGUGUGUGGCCUGCUCAGCAGGGGCCGCAUUGGUUCCUUAGUGCUGACAGGUUUGGAGUGCUCCCAGGCUUUGGGAGAGGACUCCCAGCAUCUGGGGGUCUGGGGGUUAGACAGGAAGCACAAAGCAAACACUUGGUGAGAACUGGUGUGGGGAGGCCGCUGCAGGUCCAUGCUAAGUGAAAAUGCUCACGUGUCUGCUGUAGUGGCUAAAUCAUUGGCCAGUCUGCUGCCAGGGGUUCGUCAGUACUUGCUUUGAGAUUUAAGCAUGCUUAGAACAUCAACCUGCUGAUUGCAAGCUUCCUACCAGUGCAUUAAUAAGAAAAAAGGGUGUUUGAUUACAGCUAGCCUGGGAAUCCAACAUUCAGAGCUCACUAGCGUUUGGCAGGUAGAAAGCAAGUGAUUAUAAACCACAGAAAAGAAAGGGGAGACUGGGUGCAUGCUUAGAAGGCUGUUGACUCAGAUGUUUCUCUGAAUAGCAUUCCUGCAGCUUCUCUCUUCCAGUUUGCUUCAACCUUUUGGGGAAAAAAGUCUCUACUCAUCACCACAUGAGGCCUCCCUUCUGCCUGUUAAUCUUAGAAAAAACAUAUCUGUCUGUCCAUCCAUCUGCCUGUCUCUGUCCAUCUAUCCAUUUAUCUGUCUGUCUAGACACAGUUGGGAAGUUGCUUUUCAGCAAAAGAAAAAAUGGGUAGAUGGUGAAAUUGACCCUGUUGGAUUGAAUAGAGGGUCUCCACCUUACUGUCCAUUUCUGGCUCGCGUGUGUCUCGUGACUUCAGCAGCCUCUGAAGAAAGAUCGGCCGGCAGAUACAUCCUUGUCUGUUGGGAGAUGAGCUAAGUGGGGGUACAGAUUGAGUACUGUGAUCCUCCAAGGUUAUAAAAACUGUCAAGGGCUGAGCAUUACCUUUAAAGGCAAAUAAGAUAGAUAGGCAUUAUAGUCAAGAGGCUUUUCUUAAAUCCAAGAGAUAUUUGAAUAACGUCCUGGCAGAAGUUACUUCAUUCCUCAGCUGUGGCUGUUUGGUGGAAUCUGCCUCAUUGAGCCAAGGUUGAGGGAGGGCCUAUUUUUUUUGCCUUGACCAAUCAGUUGUCAACAUCUUAAUUACUUUGUCCUUCUAAGGAGGGUAUUGGUUUUUCUUGACAGAACUUUGCCAUUUCGCGAAACAAACUGCUGCCUCUGUGGGUGGGUCACGUGGUAUUUGCCACCAUCUGCCUAGGCAGCUUCAAGGAGUCUGAUUAGCAUAUCCUAGCUGGAGAUAUAUGGUCCUGAGUCAUCUUUUUUUGCUGCUUAUGGCCCGCAGGAGGUAAUGGGAUUAGCCUGGGUGCUGUGAAGACAUUCUCUUAGCACUGCCUGGGAGCCCAGGCUCUCUCUGCUUUGUCUCAGUUUCUCCUGCCUGGAUCCUUUUUUGUGGUUUGGGUGGAUGGUCUCUGCAUUCAUAUGUCAACUGAAUGUCCCAGGUAAUUAAGUUAACAGUAGCCUUCUGUUUAGGUCUUUUUGGGCUGUGGGCAGCAGUAGAUGGAAGAAGCAGAAAUGGAAGAAAGGAAAGAGAGUGAAGAAGGAUGCUUAAAUUGGUAUUUCUGUGUGCCAGACCCUUGGACAUUCUGAAUUUUCAAACAACCUUCUCAGAGGUGGUAUUAUCCCUAUUGUAAAGAUGAAAAAACUGAGGCUCAGAGUUAAGUGCUAGAAUCAAGAAUGAAACUCAGUUCUGUUCAGUGCCAGAGCCUUUUUCCACUACACCACGCUGUGGAUGGGAAGUCGGGGAAUGAAGGUGAGGAGCAUGUCGAGCGACAGGAAGGAGGUAUGCAGGCAGCGGGGCAAGGCUGAAUGGAGCCGGAGGGAGGGGCCUGCACACCAGCCAGGGCACACCAGCCAGGGCGCACUGCCGCAGGAUCUUCUGAGCCCACGAGCUUAAACGUCGAGCCUAGAUUCCUGUGCUGCAACCUGACUUGAGGUCGUUUUAGACCAGAUAUCCUGGCCUAAAAUAGGGCUAUUUUCUUUUAAACCGAUUGGAAAAGAUUAUUUAAUAAACUGGAAAGAUAGACUGGAAGGCUAAGGUGUGGCUGUAUUAACAGGAAGCUUUUGUAUUUGAAGCUUGUUUUUCUGUUUGAAUAUCAAUGACAAAUUGAGGUAUAUGUUUUCAUUUAGCUAAUGCUUUCU